CGGAAGUGCGUCUGUUUUCCCAGCUGGGAGCUGAAAACAAAACAAGACAAGCAGCGACUGAACCAUGAUGGAUGAGCUGGUGCAGGACCUGGUGUCUGCACUGGAGCAGGCCUCUGAGCAAAACAAGUUAGGGAAGCUGUGGGAGGAAAUGGUCCUCAGUCCGCUGCAGCAUCGGCGACAGAUCCGGCGGCGCAGAGGUCGGAAGCGCCUUCACGAGUCCUCCGUCUAUCCGUUGGCACACAGACGUCACUGGAUUGAGGCUUCUGAGUCCAGCUUGGACGAGGCCAAAGAAUACAGGGAGAACAUAUCCUCCACUUUCACCUCUGCUGUGGCAAACCACAGCGACUCAGAUGAUAUGGCCACCACUGACCACUGGCCUCGUGUCGUUGGCGGCCCUGUCAGAUCCAGACACCCAUCUUGGCCAGAGUCCGAUUCCUUCACCGAUAGUAAUCCAGGACAGCCACUCAGAAGACGCAGGAAGGUCAAGCGUAUGACUUCAGACAUGACGGUCAGACUUCAGCAGAAGUUGCAUGACGGAAAAAAGAGGCACAGGCCAUCUAAGGUUCAGCGUUUGUCAGGAUCAAGGAGGAGGUCAAGCAGCUGGACUGGACCUGAGAGACAGACAGACGGAGGCAGAAUGAUGGGAAAGGAGUGCUGGAAAAGAAAAAUGGCGAAGGAACGUCGAGACGGUCCAGAUGAGAACAUGUCUGAUGGGGAAACCAGCAGCACGUGCAGCAGUGACCCUGGACUGUUCACCAAUGAUGAAGGAAGACAAGGUGAUGAUGAGCAGAGCGACUGGUUCUUUGAAGGGGACUGUGGAGUUGGCUUGCUCCCCAACUGGGACUCUGACAGUCCGCUUUCACUUGAGGAUAGACAAUCCUCCACCAGCUUCCUUCAACCUGCACGGCGCGCUGUUAGAGGGUAUCAUUCACGCCCUAAACGAUUGGCUUGCUCUGCUGCCUGCUGCAUCAGGCGGGACAGGAGGCAUCUUCCUAGAAAGAGCAACAACAUGCCGGUGUUUGUGGAAAGACUUAGACAUUUAUCUGCAGAUCAUUGCCAGAGAAAAUUUUGGCUGCCUUCUGUUGGGAAUCAAGACAGAAACCAGUCAAACCCUUUGUGCCCACUACCGAUGUGUCCCAGUGACAUGAUGUCAGAGGGUUCUUAUGUCAGAUGUUCCCCCCCAUCCAUCAGAAGCAGGCAGAUUAAUUUCAUUCCGGGACUGUUGUGCUCAUCUGACAUGCGGAGGAAGAAAGAAGCAGAAGCUGUUUUCAUCACAACAUCAGCUAUCAACCCAUUUCAUAAAGAUCAGCAGAGAAAGGAGGCAAAAGGAGGUGCCUGCAGUAACACACCAAACCCUGAAGCAGUAGGACCAAGUACACCUCAGCCUCCUACUUCUGCUCAGCCUGAGAGUUCGUCUUUACUCCAGGGAAACCACGAGGACACUUGAAAGAGGCUUGACAGACCCAUCUAAUUCCUAAAGCGAUUGUGCCUGAGAACAAAAUAGCUAGAACCCCCUUCUACUCCACCAACUUUACAACAAAGAAAGAAAAAUACAAAAGCACAUCAUUAGUCUUCAAAUCAGCAUGUUCCUGCUCGAUCCAGCCCUUCCAGGUAGUAUAUUAAGCAUGACAAAUGUUAAUGCAAUCAAGCCUUGUUAAGCGCUUCGCCAUCUCCUUAAGCAAGAAGGCAGCUUCAAGUGGCUCCUCGUUCGACUCAAGACUUUACUUCUCUUCCUGUUUCCACACUGAGUCUCCAGGCCACCCGCCACUGCAUAAUCCAUUAAUUAUGUCCACUCCUGUAGCACAGCACUUGUCAGCAGGAACCUUGGAAAGUAUGGCCAGUUGAGGCUCGUUGACCAGGGGGCGUCUGCUCCACUUUAGGGGAACCAACAAUGGCUGUAAAGCAGCUAGCUCUGAGGGAGAUGAACAUCACAAUGUUUAGCUGCCACAUGCUGUUGCAGGGUUAAGAGAGGCGACCACCGCUGGCGAGGCACACAAAGUACAGGCCUCCUAUUAGCAUGGAUUUGAAAAGCUACAGUUGCUACAAAGGUGCUCAUUAGCACAACACAGAGGAAGCAUAGUCAUGGUCCUUGGAGGGCCGCCUCUGUUCUCUUCAGGUUACCUUCUAUAUUCAAAUUUUCCCUAACAGAUUUAAAGUUCAAGGCUGGCUGUAAAUCUUUCUAAAAAAAGAAAAAAAAGUUGUUUUUUAGCAAUGCUGGCUGAGUUGCUUUUAGAGCUGGAGGAGCAACAGGAAACAGGGAAGGAGGGUUAUACACAGUAUCCUCAAAACCCCUCUGGUUAUAUGGUUUCCAAGUGGUUUUAUCUUUAGGAGAUCAAUGGCAGCAUACAGAGGGAACAAACAAAAUAAUCUGAGCAAAGCAAAUAAAUAGGUGCGUAGAAAAGGAUGUGCAAAGCAAUAAUAUCAAUUCAACUUUUAGUGCAGUAGCAUUAUCUCAAUUGAAAAAUGCAGAAUAUUCAAUCACCUAUAAUGUAAGUACAUUUAUUCAAUGAUGAAAAUUAUAUCAAUAUAUUUUACGGCCCAUAUUUUUGUCAGUAGGACAAUGUAGAAAGAUCUUUGAGGAUUCCUCUACCCUCUCCCAAUUUGAGUCAGAGUCCUGAACUUAUUGUAUUUUCCCUUCAUUUCAGCUCAAUCAACAGAUUUUCUGAAGGUCCAGGUGAAUCAGUCCUGUCUUGAUUUGCCCAUAUAUUUUGGAUAAUGUUCCAGCUGAAAGACCCAUUGAUGACCCAUUUUUAUUUUUCUGGUGGAAUUCAUCUUAAAUUCCAAUUUAAGAUGGAAUCUGGUAUUUUAAUGAGUUUGUGAUGCACAGCAUUUUAACAAAGCUCCUUGAAAAUUUAGAAAAGAAAGAAACCCAUCACAUCACAGAUCAUCCACCAUGAUUAGAGGAAAAUAAAAAUAACCUAUAUUGUCUUUGAGUAGGGAAAUUUAGGUGUACUAGCAGCAGAAAGGUACAGGUACACAGAAGCAUGCAUGUUUAAACAUGCAUGGUUGAAAAAUAGAAAAAUAAGAAUAAGAGAACCAAGUUUUUAGUCAAAUAUUACUUAUUACCAGUAAAAACUGCAAGUGUAAGCAGCAUACCCUGCUAAAUGUCUGAUGAAGUUUUUAACCAAAAGUUAAUCACAUCUUUUAAUGUCUUUUUUACAGAAAUUCACAACAUAAUCACCAGCUGUAUGACAUGUCUUUUCAGAUAUUUUAAAGCCUUUUUAAAGAGAAGAAUUGCAUUUAAUAAAAUGAGAUUUGCUAAUUAAUGUGAGUUAUAUGUCUGCAAUAAUCUGUGUAAGACGGAUUUAUGUGAUCAUACUGGAGAGGGAUGACAUUUAUAAAUGCUGUGUGGGCACACUAUAGUUUAAAUGGAUGCCUCACACUACUUUGCCAGUUGCCGCCACAGAAAUCUGUCAGUAUUCAGAUCUCCGCAAAGUCCUCAGCCAUUACUAGUUUCUCUCCUGGUAAAUAGAAAUUGCACAAGUUAAUAAUUAUUGUAAAACAGAAAAAAAGUGGUUAAUGCAUUUAUGAAUUGUUUUUUUUUAGAACAGUCUGCUUCUCAGCUGUUUGAGAUGUAUUUAUCUGUUUUGAACUAGAAGAGCUUUACAGUGUUGGGUUAGUUAAUUGUCAGGGUUUUGUUUUUGUUUUUUACAUUGUCUGAAAAAGGGGCUUAAUAAAAGUAACAUUUACCCCAGAAAAAGUCCCUGGAAGGGAAGGAGAAUGCUUCAUUUACCAGUUUAAUCUUAUUAUAUCUUCUGUUGAUUGUGGAUUAGAAAUUUGGAGUAAUUGAUUAUUUUCUUCCGAAACACAAGAUUCAACCACACCUGUUGUUUAGGAUACAUUCAAAAAGUAUAACUACACUCCACUAAUCUAAUUUAAUGAUGGUCCCUCUAGUAGAAACAAAGGUUUUUAAAAAAUGAUUCCUUGUUCAUGGUAAACUAAGAUUAAGAUGCAUCAAUUCCUGCAUGGGUCAGUCAGUAGCCAGGAAACAACACCCCAGCUGCCACAGAAUAAUUAACAGUCCCCAUAAUGACACCUCUCCCAGACCUUAUGCCUCAAAAUUAAUUUACAAUGGCUUGGAAAUAGGGGAAUGGCUUCUGUAGAGCUAGUCAAUUGUCCUGUUACAGUUAAGGAAUCCAGCAGGCUGGUUGCACUCAUAUUUCAUCUCAGGUAAAGAUUACCUGUCAGGCCCAUGGGAGAUGUAUUGAUCUGUUUUCCUUUUUCCGGCAGCAAUCACCUGACAAAGGCACCUAGGAGGUGAGUGAAUGAGUGAUGCCUGGUCGGCUUGGUCUAGCCCAGUGGUUUCUGUUGUCCACUGAUAGGUUUUAGAGCUUAUGAGGAAGAGCAGCAACAAUAUUGUCGUAAACUCUGCUUGAAACUCAUCUGCAUUCCCGCAAAGCAGUGCCCUCUGUGACACUGGUCACAGGUCAAAGGGGAAUUAGGUUUUUUUUUUGCCUCCUUUCUUGUCAGUGGCGUUUGUUCCUACUGUGUAAUGUGUACUGAUGAUUAAAAUGUAUGCAAAAAGGCCUCUCUGGUUCCUGCUGACAAUUGCAUGUUGUAAGUCACCUUAGUUCAACUCACUUUGUAUUUCAGAAGAGAUUCACUUGGUUUGGACGGGCUUCUAAUGAGGAUGGAGCCAUUUUUCCCUGACUUUCUGGUAAUCAUCUUUCUCUAUGUCAUAUGGUUUCUUGGCAGCUAAUAUAUUUAUGUAAUUGCCUUGAUAUAUAACAUGUAUGUAUUAUUGUUGACACCAUGCAUCUUAACUAAUUACAGUGUAUAAAACGUGUUGUAUAGUAUUUAUGAUGUGAUUAUUUUACAUCUUAUAACAGAGGAUUUAGGAAUGAGGUCAUUUAAUUUAUUAAUAGAAUUACAUGAUAGAUCGCACUGGAGAUAUAUAACCUUUUUAUAUAUUUUUUUCUAAUUUCAUUUACAAGGAUUUAAGAAAAUCUUGGUGGUAUCAGGGCUCCAAGGCAGCUAUCACAUUUGGAAGGUUGUGCAAGUGGCAUCUUAUCUCUUAAGGCUGUUAUCUUUGUGGAGGCAUGCCUAAUUGCUUUGCAAAUGAUCUAAAGAGGAUUACUAAUCCUUCAGAAAACAUCUGUACCGUAUUACUUCAUGUAAGAGAGACGCUACAAUCAUAAAAUUCAGCGUUAAAGAUUUUAUGCAGUAGCUUCCUUUCCAAAGUUCCAGUAAAACAGAUGAAUUGGUGAAUUCUUUUAUGAACUUUGUAUGGCUAUAAGAAAUUGUUUUAAAGCCACUCUAGUUAAACUCAAGUCAUUUGUGUAUUUGUAAUGUCUUGAAAGAUCCAUGCCCAAAACAUUGCUUUGUUUUCCCCUCUAUGUUACGUGUGUAAAAAAAAAUGCCAAUAUUUAUGCAUUUUUAAAUUUAAUGCUGAAUUCAUGUGCAAUAAAUUAGCUUUUGUGGUUAUGUUGGAAUGUCAAUGAGAGGACAGAGGUUUAGUCAGUUUUGUAUUUAGCAGCAUUUACAGGCAGUAUUAUAACAUAUCACUUGAUAACAUGUUUACAAACAAAUAUAACAAGAAAAAAACGGAAAAAACAUGACGAAUCCCAUUAGCUAGUUUUUAAAUGAAUCAAGAAUCUCAAGACAAUGUCCAACCUGGGUGCUGCAUGCUGAGAGCAACUACGAUUGGUUCUUGUGACUGGUAGUAUAUUUUAUUGAUGUAUCUUGAAGUCCAAUUCAAUAGUCCAGUUAAUAGAAAAUAAAAGCAUGGAUAACCAGACUAAAAUCCUAUUUAAGUAUUGGUAAAGAUCAAUGUAAUUUUCAGAAGUGGCAGAAAUUACAAAGUUACUUUUAACAUAACUUAUUACUUUCCAAAUCAAAUAAUCAGUAAUCUGAGUUGAAGUUACUUUUUCAAAGUAACUAUAUCAUCACUGAUCAAGACACAUUCACUGGUCAACCUAAACACCUACAUUUCUUGUGCGUGGCUUGACUACAGCAUUCAAAUGACCAGUCUGUUGCCUGACCAGAGCAGCCAUGCUAUCUGGGGCAAUAAUCAGACACUUUAUUUUCUUAGGGCUGAGUUUGUAAUUUCUCUUACACAAGUAAUAAAGGCAAGUUAAAGAACUCGUGGAGCGGAACAUCUGAAUAUAAUCUGCAUGAAUGUGAUUAGACUUAUUUUGGAAUUCAAUAAUGAUCUGUCCAAGAGGGCAUAUUUAUUACAAAAAACAAUGGGCUCAAAACACAGUCUUGGUGUAUCCCACACCCUUCAGAUAAGAUUCUUCCAGUAAGAUCAUUUUUGGUGAACAUCUCAGUAUUUUAAAUAUAUAUAUAUUUCAUUUAUUAUUGAAAAAGAACAGCUAUCUUUAUGGCUGCUAAAAGAAAUAUGUAAAGAUCAACCUAUUUUAUCACAGCUACACAAUUAAAUGCAUAAAUGAUUAAUAAAAUGUUUAACUGGUGCUCUAAAAUUUCUUAGCUGAGUGACGGUGGUCCUGGCGAAUACAAAUGUUGGUUUGGGACUGCAGCGAGGGUGACAGAGAAAAUAGUCAACUUGGCCGCUGGAGAUUAUCAGUCGAUCCCCUGCUGUUAAUCUUCCAGCUGAAUGGCGAGGACUGCGGUAGUCACUUUGCCACGUGUUGAGAGUCGGGAGCAAUUCUCUGCGCUCGCCGGUGGUCCACAGUUACAAAUCACAUCAUCAGCUGUCUGAGCACCCACAGCCACCUCUUCUCCACCAGAUUGAUGGUGAAAUGGAGGAAAAAUCAAUGGCUUCCUCUCGUCAGAAAGUGCCGGCUCUGUCAUGUUGGGUAGUUUGAUGUUGGCCACUGCUGGAAAUUGAAAGCUCAGUUUGAACAAACUGACAAGACACGGAUGAUUCUGAGGUGAGACAAUGACCGAUUUCAAACUGUCGCCUUAGUGGUGACGUCUAAAAACACUUCCAUUCCACUGGAGAAGAUUAGAGUGAUCGGGUUGAGUUGGUUUAGUUUCUAGUAAGUGACGGUUAGUCUUCAAACUCUCUCAAAGGCUUCUGUGUAGGUGACCCUGUGAGUAACAGCAAUCAGUUUUCGCACUUGCCCCCUGCCAUCAUUUAAUCCUUAUCAUCACUGUGACACGCUGCAACUUCAUA